AGCCAGCAGAGAAAAGGAGGCACCCUGUGCAGACAUGGCUGCCUUCAAAGCACGGCAUUGCCUUUCCUCCAUCAGCAGACGGUUGUGGGGGAGAGCUAGCAGCGGUUCUUUUCCACAAAGAGAUAGCAAUCCACCAUCUGCAUCAGCGCUUGCGGAUGCAGGUCGCUUUUACAGAGAGUUUUCCAGUGGUACUGCCCAGGAGCUGCCGGAUGACUUUGCCAGGUACCAGCAUCACAAGACGCCCAAGUUUUCAGGGCUGCCCACGCUGCUGAAAGCCCCACUGGCAGAUACGCUGGAAGGGCUGGACAUUGCCCUGGUGGGCGUUCCUUUUGAUGGCGGGGCCAGCCACCCUGGGACGCGCUUUGGCCCUCGCGAGAUCCGCAACAAGUCGUCGAUGCUGCGCAAGAUCCAUGGGUCCACCGGUGUGGCCCCAUUCAGCCUGUGCCAGGUGGCAGAUGUUGGUGACGUCGUCAUAAAGAGGCCCUGGCACGGGGUCGAGAGUGCGCAGCACGAGAUCUACGACUACUUCCGGCAGCUGUGCAGCAGGGGCAUCAUUCCGAUCACCGCGGGCGGCGAUCACAGCAUCUCGUAUCCCAUUUUGCGUGCGGUGGCUGAGGCGGCGGGGGGUCCCGUUGGGCUGGUGCACCUGGACGCACACCACGAUACAGUGGACCUGCAGGAGAGCGAGGAAAGCACGGGGUCCAAAUAUUGGAACGGCACGCCCUUCAGCUGCGCGCUCGCGGACGGGCUGAUCGACCCGAAGCGCACGAUCCAGAUCGGCAUCCGCGGCCCCAUGAGCCCCGGCAAGAUGCUGAGCGAGGACGCGGGCAUGCGCGUGGUGGACAUGGAGGAGUUCUACGACCUGGGGCCCAAGAAGGUCGCGCACGAGGCCCGGGAGAUUGUUGGAGACGGCCCCACUUACAUCACGUUCGACGUCGACGCCCUCGAUCCUGCAUAUGCGAUUGGGACCGGGUCUCCGGAAGAUGGCGGACUCACGACGCUGGAAGCGCAGAUUAUUUUGAGAGGGUUGCGAGGCUUGCACUUUGUGGGGGCGGACUUCGUGUGCACGUCCCCGCCGUGGGACCCCACAGGAAACACGCCGCGAGUGGCAGCAAACAUGAUGUUUGAGCAGCUUUGUCUUAUAGCGGAGUCCAUUCAUAGACGGAGAAAACAGUGAUGGCGAACGAUUGUAUCUCAGGAUAAUCAAGAUGUUGCAAUGUACAUAUCAGCUAAGUAUGCACGGACAAUGCACCAAGUACGUUGACUUUAGUAGUGGCGCGCCGAACUGUUGGGCCGAGCUGUCCGACCUUUCUCAUUGAGCUCCAAGCGGGCGGUAUGCAUACCGAUCGUUAGGCUUCGUAGCACAUAUAUUAUAUAUUGACUCUCAAGGGUGAU